GCCCGCUUACUCACCGUUUCAACUAAACCUAACCACAACCCCUUUCUUGUCAUGGGGGCUGGCCAGAGGACAGCUUUGCAUGCUUUAUUUCAGGAUCUUUCUUCUGUGGAUAAAGAUGCACAAGCUGGUAUUCACUGACAUAAAGACUUGAAGUUCUUUAUUUGUUGUGUAUGAAAGAGCAGGAAACCAAGGAAAGAGACCUUGCAGAUCUUCAGAUCAUCUCACUGGCCCCUUAUCUCCUUCUGCAGGGGAGGAGAAUAGUGGCAAGAUGAGAAACUUUGAAACCCUCUUCCUCCAGAUAUGAUUCUCCCUUCUACUACUGAACAGAAGUGAAGAGGAUGCCGGAGAAAGGGGUUUGCCUCUCUACACACUCCACACUGACGAUCAGACGUCGCUGAAGCCAUGACAGGAGGAAAGGAGAACCAUGCUCUGUUUGGGCUGGGUGUUUCUUUGGUUUGUUGCAGGAGAGAAGACCGUAGGCUUUAAUCAUUCAGCUUGUGCCACCAAAAAACUUCUGUGGACAUAUUCUGCAAGGGGUGCAGAGAAUUUUGUCCUAUUUUGUGACUUACAAGAGCUUCAGGAGCAAAAAUUCUCCCAUAUAAGUCAACUGUCACCAACACAAGGUCCUGCUCACAAACCUUGCAGUGGCAGUCAGAAGGACCUAUCUGAUGUCCAGUGGUACAUGCAACCUAGGAGUGGAAGUCCACUAGAGGAGAUCAGUAGAAGCUCUCCUCAAAUGCAGACCAAUUCUCAUAUUCAGAACAAAGGCAUGCUGCAUAUAUUGGUCCCACAGAAGAACAGCAUUUGGUCAUAUAUUUGUAGACCCAGAAUUAGGAGGCCCCAGGAUAUGGCCUGUUGUGUCAAGAUAGUCUUAGAAGUUAAGCCUCAGAGAAACGUGUCCUGUGGGAACACAGCACAAGAUGAGCAAGUCCUACUUCUUGGUAGUACUGGCUCCAUUCAUUGUCCCAGUCUCAGCUGCCAAAGUGAUGGACAGAGUCCAGAGAUGACCUGGUACAAGGAUGGAAGACUACUUCCCGAGCACAAGAAAAAUCCAAUUGAGAUGGAAGAUAUUUAUGAUUUUCAUCAAGGCUUGUAUGUAUGUGAUUACACCCAGUCAGACAAUGUGAGUUCCUGGACAGUGCGAGCUGUGGUUCAAGUAAGAACCAUUGAUAAGGACAUCAAUGUGAAGCCGGACAUUCUGGAUCCCAUUACAGACACAGUGGACGUAGAGCUUGGAAAGCCUUUAACUCUCCCUUGCAGAGUACAGUUUGGCUUCCAAAGAUUUUCAAAGCCUGUAAUAAAGUGGUAUGUCAAAGAAUCUACACAGGAGUGGGAAAUGCCAGUAUUUGAGGAGAAAAGGAUUCAAUCCACUUUCAAGAAUGAAGUCAUUGAACGUACCAUCUUCUUGAGAGAAGUCACCCAAAGAGAUCUCAGCAGAAAGUUCGUCUGCUUUGCCCAGAACUCCAUUGGGAACACAACACGGACCUUCCGGCUGAGGAAGAAGGAAGGGGUGGUGUAUGUCUACAUCCUUCUGGGCACGGCCUUGAUGCUGGCGGGCAUUCUGGUGGCAGCUGCUUUCCUCUACUGGCACUGGAUUGAAGUUGUCCUGCUCUGUCGAACCUACAAGAACAAAGAUGAGACUGUGGGGGAUAAGAAGGAAUUUGAUGCAUUUGUAUCCUACUCGAAUUGGAGCUCUCCUGAGACUGAAGCCAUGGGCUCUCUGAGUGAGGAACACUUGGCUCUGAAUCUUUUCCCAGAAGUGCUAGAAAACAUGUAUGGAUACAGCUUGUGUUUGCUUGAAAGAGAUGUGACCCCAGGAGGAGUGUACACGGAUGACAUUGUGAGCAUCAUUAAGAGAAGCCGAAGAGGGAUCUUUAUCCUGAGUCCCAGCUACGUCAAUGGACCCCGUGUCUUUGAGCUACAAGCAGCAGUGAACCUUGCCUUGGUUGAUCAGACACUGAAACUGAUUUUAAUUAAGUUCUGCUCCUUCCAAGAGCCAGAAUCUCUUCCUUACCUUGUCAAAAAGGCUCUGCGGGUCCUCCCCACAGUCACAUGGAAAGGCUUGAAGUCGGUCCAUGCCAGUUCCAGGUUUUGGACCCAAAUUCGUUACCACAUGCCUGUGAAGAACUCCAACAGGUUUAUGUUCAACUGGCUCAGAGUUAUCCUGAAGGGCUUUUCCCCUAAUAAGGACCUAGUGACACAGAAACCCUUGGAAGGAAUGCCCAACUCAGGGAACAGCCACGGAGCUCAGGACCUCCUCUCCAGCCACCAGAAGAGGUGCUGAUGGAUAGAACUUGCUGUGUGAAUCAGGCUGAGAGAAAAUUGAGCCUUUCUGCUCUUUGUGCCAAGCAAGCUUGACAGAGAGUGGAAUGAAGCAGCACCUGUGGUUUUAGGGUCUGAGUUCCUGGAACAGACACAGAAUAAUACUCCAGAUCUCUGCCGUGUGCUCAGCACACAUUUCCCUGAGAGUUUCCAAGUAGCCUGAUCAGAAUCAACAGAA